CGCGAUUCCAUUCUACGAGUUUAAAUGGGCAUCACGGUCGGCGUUCUCGCCUUACAAGGCGCUUUUUACGAGCAUGUCCAGCUGCUGAAACAGGCAGCUGCCGGGCUGGCUGCACGCCCGAACGCAUCUCCGUCGCAAUGGGAGUUUAUCGAAGUGCGAACCCCGCCAGAGUUGGAACGAUGCGACGCUCUGGUUCUGCCUGGUGGCGAGAGUACAACCAUGUCCUUGGUCGCCGCUCGGUCCAACCUCCUGGAACCCUUGAGGGAGUUUGUUAAGGUUCAUCGCAAACCGACUUGGGGCACUUGCGCCGGUCUGAUUCUGCUCGCCGAGUCUGCGAAUCGGACUAAGAAAGGUGGCCAAGAACUGAUCGGGGGUCUUGAUGUGCGAGUGAAUCGGAACCACUUCGGCCGGCAGACGGAGAGUUUCCAGGCGCCGUUGGAUUUGCCGUUCUUGGAUCCUUCCGGUCCCCAACCUUCCUUCCCGGCGGUCUUCAUUCGUGCGCCGGUGGUAGAGAAGAUUCUACCGCACCAGGAAGGCGUACAGGUGGACGAAAUAGACCGAGACGAAACGGUGGUUGCUCCCUCGAAGCACGCCAAGGAUGCCGCGGCCCAAGAUGCAGAGGCAACCGACGUCGAGGUAUUGGCCACUCUCCCGGGAAGAGCUGCCAAGCUGGCCAGCGAGGGGAGGAACAUCGAUGCAGAGAAAGAGGCCGGGGACAUUAUCGCUGUCCGGCAGGGCAACGUGUUUGGAACGAGCUUCCAUCCCGAGCUGACUGGCGAUGCCAGAAUCCAUUCAUGGUGGUUGCGCCAGGUGGAGGAUUCCAUCAGGCGAAGGCAUAAGUUAGAACAGUGCUAAUACCCUGCCUGAAGAGUUGUACAGUCCCGCUCUGGGAGACAUUUUUGUUGGAUGCGCCAAUUGUUUGAUAGAAUAGAUAUGAUGCAAACGCCGUACAUGCGCCAUUGGAAUAAAAAGCGUUCCCAAUUC